UGUGUGUAUCAUUCCCUUUAAUUAUAUUUGCUAAAUAGGAUGGUGAUGAUUGUGUGUGCCCAAAUAAGGACAUGUAACUUAAACUAGAAUGGUAUAAAAGUCGGUACGAAUUCAUUAUUUUCAUCGCAAAUUAUUGUACGUACCUAACUAAAGAAGAAGGGCAUUUAGUAUACAACGCUAUAUUAAGAAUUAUUAUUUUUCAAGCUUUAAUUUUUUCAACUCAAACAGGUAAGAUUACAAUGUGCGACGAAGAUACAGCGAUUGUCAUUGACAAUGGAUCAGGCAUGUGUAAAGCCGGCUUUGGUGGAGAUGACGCACCAAGAGCAGUAUUUCCAGCCAUUGUAGGCAGGCCUAGACAUCAGCAAAUGAUGGUUGGUAUGGGACGGAAAGACAGUUACAUCGGCGAUGAAGCACAGUCUAAACGAGGGAUACUCACCCUGAAAUAUCCUAUAGAACAUGGUGUUGUAACAAACUGGGACGACAUGGAGAAGAUAUGGCAUCAUUGCUUCUACAAUGAACUGCGCGUCGCCCCGGAAGAACACCCGAUAUUACUCACUGAGGCUCCUCUCAACCCUAAGGCAAAUAGAGAGAAAAUGACACAGAUAAUGUUUGAAACAUUCAACGUGCCCGCAAUGUACGUAAAUAUACAGGCAGUUCUAUCCUUGUAUGCUGCAGGUAGGACGACUGGAAUAGUAUUCGACUCAGGUGAUGGUGUGUCUCACGUGGUACCGAUCUACGAAGGAUACGCGCUUCCGCACGCCAUUGAACGUGUUGAUCUUGCUGGACGUGACCUCACAGACAAUUUAACAAAAAUAUUAUCAGAAAGAGGAUACUCUUUGACUAACACAGCUGAAAAAGAAAUCGUACGAGAUCUGAAAGAGAAGCUAUGCUACGUCGCCCUUGACUUUGAGCAAGAAAUGACAACUGCUGCAUCUAGUUCAGCUUUGGAAAAGAGUUACGAACUUCCAGACGGACAAGUGAUCACAAUUGGAAACGAACGAUUCCGGUGCCCCGAAGUUCUAUUCCAACCGUCAUUCAUCGGAAUGGAGCAUUGUGGAAUUCACGAGACAAUAUUCAACAGCAUAAUGAAAUGUGACGUGGACAUUCGCAAAGACAUGUAUCAAAACUGCGUACUGUCUGGUGGGUCUACGAUGUAUCCAGGUAUUGCGGAUCGUCUGCAAAAAGAAAUGACCUCACUGGUACCUGCAGGUAUGAAAGUGAAAAUCAUCGCUGCUCCAGAACGAAAGUACUCCGUGUGGAUAGGCGGCUCUAUAUUAGCUUCUCUCUCCACAUUUCAACAGAUGUGGAUUAGUAAACAGGAAUAUGACGAAUCGGGGCCUGGAGUCGUCCACAGAAAAUGUUUUUAAAACCGAAAUAGGCCCUUAAUAUUUUCGUAGUAGUAGUAGGCCUAGUAGUAGUAGAAUACAUUUUUUUUUAAAUGUAGGAAACGUAUUUAUUUUUCUGGUCCUCAUGCAUACCUAUUAAAUAUUUAAGUCUUGAAAUGGGGGAGGGGUUGAUGGGGAGCGAAAUUGAAGUAGCGUGGGUGGGGGUGGUCUCGAUGAUUGCGUGAGGAUCGCUAGCUCGCAAUAAGGUUGUAACAUUUAAUCUUUUGGUAUUUUAAAGUUACAUUUUAAUUGACGUUUAUUUGUUUCUGAGUGCAAUGUGUUUCCUAUGUUAAUUUUACAUUUUCUUUAAAUUGUUGUUUCCUUUUUUUAUGCAAUUCGUUGUUUCUUGCAAUUUUUUUUAGAUUUUAGCAAAGAAAUAUUUUAAAUUUCUCAUAAUUUUAUUCAUUGUAGAUAUUAUGGCCUAUCUGUAUUUGUUUUGAAUGAAAGCCUCUUCAAGUCAACAUUGCUGUUAGAGCCAUUGUUGAAUAAAUAAAUAUGAGGUGAUCUGAGCGUAAUUGUUUGGCUUCGAACAUUUCCGAUGGGAGAGGGACACUGGAUUAGUAGGGGGUGUUCUAUGGCCGCCCACUAGAUACGCCACUGAAUCAAUGUGUGUCCGAUAUAGCCUAUAAAUGUUUUUAUUAUUAUUAUCAUUAUUGUUAUGCUAAUUUCGUACACUAUGAUAGGCCUAUUCUAUUAUGAUUUUUAUGUACCAUCCUGAAUUUUAUUUGUUCGUUAAAAACCAUUAUAUAUGAGAUAUUUUUUGUAUCACAUCGUCUGUACAAACAUGUAUUGAACACCUGGAUCCUUUAGGUUCGAAUUUAGUUACCGCAUUGGCAUGGACUGAAUUUUACAUUAAUUUCUGUGGAUAACGUCGAUAUUGAUUAACAAAAUAUUUGUCCCUAUUAUAAAUACUUAAGCAAUUAGUAUCGAUGAAUUAUUUGUAGGCCUACAGCUAGAUUUCAUAAUAUACAGACUAGCCUUACUUGAACCGUUAGUAAACAGCACUCUCGGUAUUUCUAUCAAUCUUUUGCAAUUAAUCGUCUCUUAAUUUUAAGUUCGUUUGUUAUGUAAAUUUUGGCUGACUAAAAAUCAAUAAAUAAAUUAUGUAUUAUAUGUAAAUUAUCAAUUUGUGGUUAUCUAUUUACCUGACUACAAAUAAUUCAAUAAGUUAAGUUCGAUUUUUGUCAAGUAUAUUUUGGUUCUUUGUAAAUUUGGA